CCGUGAUUGUCCCAAAUUAGAACAUCAGAAGAGCAUGGCAAUUGCAAAUAAUAGAAAAGAUUAUUUUGGAUCUGGAGGUUACAGAGGGGAAAUUUAAAUGACAUCUUUUGUGUACCAAAUUUCUUUGAACACUAUUAGAUUAUUAAGGGCUAGUUACUGUAAUAACACCGGUUCUGACAAAAGAAGAAUGAUUCAGAACGUAGCGAAUGUUUUCUGGGUUGAUUAUAACUUGUAUGGCAUGGGUCAUUUGCACCUAUCAAAGAUGAAGUUCCGCCACCCUAUACCUGACACUUGUGAGAAAUUUAAUAUUGAUAGCCAGCAGCAGCAUAGAAAGGCAGAUUCAGAUGGUCAUGCAUGUUCGGAGUCAAGAUUCUGGAUGUCUUUCAUGGUCCCAUCUGAGUGGAUGUGGUCUCUCCCAAACAAAUCCAGUGCCUUGUCAAAUGACGAGGCUCACUGUCCUAAAUGCCAAAGCACCUAUGAGCUUGAAGGAGAUACUUCUGUAGAUGAUGUCAACAUGGUGCAGUCACUUGUACCAAUAUGUGAGGAACAACAGAAACGGACUGGGAUUCAGGAGACUACCAUGCGUUCUGAUCAUUGCAAACCACUUCCAGAAGAUGUUACGGAACUUUUCUCUGUUGGUCUUGACUUUGAGAAAAAAAUUAUUGAAUUGUGCAGUGAAGCUGAAGCCUCUUUAUUUUGUACUCCUCCUGGGAAGGAAUUGAGAGAAACAGACAUAAUUGGCUCAUUAUCACCACCAGCUUCAUUAUGCAAAAGUGCCAAAUUGCAUGAGGAAGGGACUGACACAAGUCUUGAAAUGUUGACUAUGGAUGAAAUCCGAUCAUCUGAAAUGAUUGGAACGUUGGACAUAAAGGCUGCUGAUAAGGAAGCACAAAAUCUUCUUAAGUGGCUUGCAACUUCUCAAGCUGCAGAGGAUAAAACUCUGAUGAUGAACUUGUUUAUGAAACAAUCUUGACUCCCUUGUUACCUGCUG